ACUUGAUUUCUGUAUCCCCGUGGCCAGCGAGCCAUGGGCAAGGUGGCGGUGACAGUGACGGGGUGGCAGCGGGCGAUGUCGCAGGCUGUGGUGUGCGCUGCUGGGUGCUUUUGGGGCACGUAAACCAGAAACUUCCUUAGAGGCGAGUGCCGACUUCCUGGGCACGGCAGGAGCCGGAGCAGGCAGAGGGACCUGAUGGCACAGCCUGAGCCCCCUCCAGAGCUGCGGCUGGAUGAAGCCAGAGCAUCCCCAGACCCACAGGGAGCAGCUGAAGGAGCUGCUCCACACCCAGAAUGUCUUCACACCCCAUCGGAGCCAGUGGGGAACAGACCUAAACCUCUGCACAGGAGCAGCCCAGACUCCAGCCAGGAUCUGCAGGAUGCCAGCAGGGAUCCUUGCUUGGAGAUAAACACACCAGGGACCCAGCUGGAUGAGGAUGGGGCAGGAGUCCUACUGGAUGAGGAUGGGGCAGGAGUCCCCCUGGAUGUGGAUGGGGCAGGAGUCCCCCUGGAUGUGGAUGGGGCAGGAGUCCCCCUGGAUGUGGAUGCAGGUGGGACAGGAAUCCCACUGGACAUGGAUGCAGAUGGAGUAGAGAUUCCACUGGAGGUGGAUGCACGUGGGACAGGGAUCCCAGCGGAUGUGGGUGCAGCAGGAGUCCCGCUGGACGUGGAUGAAGGUGGGACAGGGAUCCCACUGGCCAUGGACACAGACAGGGCAGGGAUCCCAGACAAUGCAGAUGGGGCAGGGAUCCCGCUGGAUAUGGACACAGAGGGAGCAGGCGGCCCUCUGGAUGCCGAUGCCACAGAGCACCAGUGCCUGACCCUGGAAGAGCUGGGGAAUUAUUUCCAGGAGUGCAUUGAGAUCGUGGAACAGCUGGAGAGGGAGAGGGACAGCCUGAUCGCCGAGCUGGCCCAGCUCCGCGAGCCGGCGCUGCAGGAGAUCCGCCAUGCCCACGAGGAGAUCCAGGCAGCCUGCAGGCUGCUGGCCAAGGUGGAGCUGGAGAGGGACAACCUGCGGGAUGAGAUUCGGCAGAUCAAGCAGAAACUCUUCAAGGUGACCAAGGAAUGCGUGGCCUGUCAGUACCAGCUGGAGAGCCGCCGGCACGACCUCUCGCAGCACGCCGUCUACCAGGGCGAGCUGGAGAGCCAGGCCGGGCAGCUCUCAGGGGAGCUGUCCCAGCUGAAGGAGACCUGCGAGAAGGAGAAGGAAGUCCUGAGGCAGCGCCUGGAGGCUCCACCCUGCCGGCAGGACAACCUGUACCUCCAGGAGAGCCGCCGGCUUUCCGUGGAGUUCGAGAGCUUCGUGGCCGAGAGCCGGCGGGGGCUGGAGGAGCACUACGAGCCCCAGCUGCUGCGGCUGCUGGAGCGGCGCGAGGCCGGGGCCAAGGCGCUGCAGGAGAUGCAGGGAGAGAUCCAGGGCAUGAAGGAAGCCCUGAGGCCCUUGCAGGGCGAGGUCAGCCGGCUGAGGCUGCAGAACCGCAGCCUGGAGGAGCAGAUUGUCCUGGUCAAGCAGAAAAGGGAUGAGGAGGUCGGGCAGUACCGGGAGCAGGUGGAGGAGCUGGAGGACAGGCUGAAGGAGCUCAAGAACGGGGUCCAGCUCCAGCAGCGCAAGAACCAGGAGCUGGAGGAGCUCAGGACCAGCCUCCAUCGGGAACUCUCCAUCUACAAGAGCUGCUUAGAAAUCUACGGCCACCUCUGCAAAUCAGAGGAAAAAGCAGAGCAGGACUGUUAGAACCAUGGACUUAUCCUCUUUGUAGCAAAAACCCAUGGACAGAGGAUACAAGGGAUGUCUCCUCAUGCUGCUUUACCCUGCCUGAUGUGCAGCAGCUGCCUGGAGCUGGGAAUACCAGACAAUCCCUGGGUAUUUCCCCAGGUUCUGCUGCUGUUCUUGUAGUAAAAUUGCUUUUCCCCAGAGGAGCAGAGCAAACAAUCUUUGUACUGAACAAUGGAUAUGGAUGAGGAAUAACUGAUGGAUGUUUUGCUGUGUUUGGGAAAAUGUUAUCUUGUUCCAGAUUGUUUAAGCCUGCACAGAAAGUUCUGGAAUCCAGUGUUAGGGGGGGUUGACUUUUAAAGUUUACAUGCAAGAGAAGUUUUCUCCUUUGAAGAGGAUUUUCUUUUGUAUUUCAAGAGUUUCUGCUGUACUGGGACGUGCUCCACAGAAAUGAGGUGGUGGGGAAGAGGUUUCUACUUCAUAUCGAGUCUCACACUGAAAAUAAAAGGUCAGAGUUUAAGGAGCCUUUUCACUCUCAGAGCUGCGUCUCAAAAGCCCAAAUUUGUCUGUCAAACUGAGGUAUUUGUAUCAAAUUCAUGCUGCAGGAUAACAAAAAACAACUCUGGAGAGGGCUAAAGGCAAAGUUAAAAUGCAGACAGCAGCAAGGCUUAAGAGGAAGAACAAUUCAGUGAUUUGGUGGCUGCUUGGGGGUUCAAGUGCUCAUUAAUUUAUUUCAGAAAGCAGCAGAAAUUAGAAGAAAUACCCAAUUUGAUAUCUUAAAAAUAAAAAAAAAUAUCUCUACUAGCACCCUUAUGGACACACACAGGUAGAGACCACAUCCUGAAAAAAAACAAAGCAGUAAAUGCAGGAACAGCACAGAACUCCCCAAACUUUGCAGCAUUUACGUAGAAAAACUUUAUUCCAACUGAAGGACUUACACAUAAUUAGUCAUGAGGAGAUGGCGAGUAACAGGCUGCUGGUGGCACUGGACACCCGAGUGGAAGACGUGCAGGACCUUGUGGCCAAGGACUAAACUCCUAAAAAAUGUAGUUCAUACACAUUUCAUUUGUUUUCCACCAGCUGCCAAGGCUGUUGAGGGCACUGGGUCAUCCGUUGGUACAAACAAACACCUUUUACAACUUGAGGGCUCCCCCAAGUUUUAAAAACCAUUUCACAGAAAGGAAAGAAACAUUAUGUGAAAACACAGCUCAAGAAACACACAAUAGAGCAGAAAACAUGGGAGGUGAAGGAGGCUCUGCAGGAAUAGCUAACAAAUCCAAACCGCUGGCACCCAGCAGGAGAGGGGAAAGGGAAAGGAAGGAAGGAAUGAAAAACCCAGAAUUGCCAGGAGAGACCAAAAAAAAA